CAAUACUUAGACUUUUUAUAAACAAUUUCGUGAAUUUUAAAGCAUACUGCGUCACACGCAAUAUCCGUACAAAAGUAACGUACAAUAAGUGUACAAAUAGUCAAGUGUAUGCGAAAAUGAACGAAAAUAAUCUACCAACAAAAAGAGGUCCAGACAGAUGUUACUUAAGAGAUGAUUCCUUAAGUAUUCCAGAAUCAACAUUACGAUAUCGUUCAGCAGCAAAAAAAAGAACAGCUCAAGAGAUUGAAGAAAAAGAACUUCAUGAAGAAAAUUUAAAAGACAGUUUAUCAAAAAGAGAGAAGGAAAAUUUUGAUAAUGAUAAUAAGAGUAAUGUACAAAAUAGUGAUGAAUCGUGCUUGGAAGAAGAUAUAUUUUAUGAGUCAAAUGAAGAGGAAGUCAGCCAAGAUGAAACUGAGGAUUGUACUGAAUCUGAAGACGAAAGGUCCAUAUUUGAUGAUACUGAUGAAGAUGAUGGAUUUUAUCACGCUACUUCAUAUGAAGAUUCAGAAAAUAAUGAGAACGAAAUGAAAUUGGAAGAUGAGGGAAACCCAUCUUUAUACGAAGGAAGUGAAAUUUCAAGGAAAGAGACUGAAUUGCUGAUCAUCGCGUAUUGUUUGAGGAAUAAUAUUUCAGAUGUAGGUUUGGAAAAUCAGUUACUUUUGAUAAACGCUGUUCUUCCUCAUGCUGUAUUUAAAUCAAAAUAUAAAUUUUUACAGUCAUUUUCGUAUCAAACAAAUAUAGAAUAUUAUUUCUGUUCUUCAUGUUCUGUAAUUUUAAAUUUCGAAAAUAAUACUUCGAUUUGUGAAUAUUGUCAAAUUUUUUAUCAGAAAUCAAACUUAAAACAGAUUGGACAUUACUUUAUUUAUAUUCCGCUAAAGGAACAGCUUAUGAACUUUGUUAACAGUAAAGCUUAUUUAUAUUUCGGCACAAUUACUGAUAAUGAAAGUGACAUAGUUAACAGCAGUGUUUAUAAACAGUUAAAAGAACAAAAUGUUAUAGGAAUUAAUGAUAUAACACUGAUGUGGAAUACUGAUGGUGUAAGUUUAUGUAAAUCAUCUAAAUUAAGCAUGUGGCCAUUACAAGUUUGCAUAAACGAAUUGCCUUACAGAAUUCGAAGAAAUAACAUCAUAUUAUGUGGCUUAUUUUAUGGCAAUACAAAACCAAAUAUGAAUGUAUUUCUUGCACCAUUCGCUAAAGAAUUGUUAGACUUGUAUGUAAACGGUUUUAACAGUACGACAUUGCAUCAUCGAGAACCAAUAAACAUAAAAGUGUAUGCUAUUUUAUGUUCUGUUGAUUCUGUAGCAAGACCUUUAAUCCAAAAUGUUAAGCAAUACAAUGGUCUUUUCGGUUGUUCUUAUUGUUUUCAAAAAGGUAAACAUAUUUCGGUGGGAAAGGGGUUUGCUCGUGUUUAUUGCUACUACAAGAGUGUAAGGUUACGAACAAGUAAUGGUCAUGAAAAACUUGUAAGACUGGCUGUAGAGAGGAGGAAAGUUAUAAAAGGUGUGAAAGGUCCUUCUAUAAUGGCUCUUUUUCCUAACUUAAAUAUUAUUCAUUCGUAUCCUCCAGAGUACAUGCACGCAUGUAUCAUUGGAGUAGGAAAAUUAUUUGGUACUGAAUGGUUUCACAGUAAAAACAAGAGAGAAAAGUGGUAUCUUGGCUCACAAUCAACGGAAUUCGACAAUAGAUUGCUUGCCAUGAAGCCUCCAUGUGAAAUAACAAGAACACCUCAAUCAAUAAUAAAUAACAAAUAUAAAGCGAAUGAUUGGAAAUACUUCAUACUUUACUAUUCUUUACCAUGUUUAAAUGGUUUAAUCGACAACAAAUAUUAUAAGCACUGGUUUUUAUUUGUCUUCAGUUUAAGUAUUUUUUUGAAAGCAAGCAUUACUGACGUCGAAUUUUGGUUAGCAAAAAGAGCACUAACUCAAUUCGUUAUACAAAUUGAAAAAUUAUAUGGAAAAAGAUUUAUGAAAUAUAACGUACAUGGAUUACUUCACAUCCCCAUGUUUGUAAAAAAUUAUGGUGCUAUUUGGGCCUGGUCGGCAUUCCCUUUCGAACAUUACAAUGGGAUAAUCAAACAAUUUUUUCAUGGGACCCAAUGUAUACCGGAACAAAUAUGCAAGUUGUAUCAGAGAUUACAAUACAUUAAGAAAACCUCUUGCGUAUUUUUGACAAUGAAAAUUGCAGUCAAAGAGCAAAAAUGACUUUUUUAAAACUUAUGCACGAAUGCAAAAUACAAAACUGUAUUGAAUAUGCAGAUCACUUGAGAAUUUUUGGAAAACCGAAGAAUAUUAAGUUAUCAGUGGUAGAAAAAAGUGUUAUAGAGUCAGUAUUGGAAGAAACGAUUGAUGAUAAUAGUAAAAAAUAUUGCAGAUUUAUUUAUAAGAACGUUCUUUUUCAUUCAUGCGGUUAUAAGCGAUUAACUAAAAGAAACAAUAGUUGUAUUUUGACUGAGAAUAGCAUGCUAUUAAUAAUCACAGGUCUCAUAAAGAUACAAUGUUUUAUUUCACAAGAUAUUAAAUACAUGGUUUUGGGAAAAAAACUAUUGAAGAUUAUGAACUUUGCAGAAAUGGAAGAUAUAUCUCCAGUACAUUUUCAUUUAUUGCGAAAGAAACAUCAACUAUUGUUUGCUGUAAAAUAUCAUCAAUCCUAAGAAAAUGUGUGAUGGUUCCAUAUAAAAAAGACAUGUUUUGCAUUUUUCCACUUGGUAACACAGUCGAAACAGACUGAGGUCCGAUUGCACCUAUGUUAUUUCGGCUCUAACAAUAAGUGAAACUUUAAUACGUCUGUUUUUUUAUUUAAAAAGAAAGAUAAAAAUAGACACAUAUUAAAGUCUGCUUGCUAAAAGCCAAGAUAACGUUGAUGCAAUCCGGCCUAAGAAUUGAUUGUCCCUCGAUAAACCUCCCUAACCUAACUGCCAGAUGCAACUGUAAUGGCAGGUUGUUCCACUGUGUACACAUAAUUGUUCAUUGUUCACAGAUUAUAAAUUCUGUAUUUUUUAGUAUUUAUUAUUUACUACUAAUACUAUAAAUGUACUACUCAUCUAAUAAAUAUUACUAAUACGGUAAAA